AUGUUGAAUUGGAUCUGGGGAGGAAAGGAAGAAAAGAAGGAAAGCAGCGGUUUGGGUGGAGGUGCCACUGAAAAGAUUGUUUUUGAAGGAGUUACCGUUAAGGAAUGUUUGGAUGUUAUUUCUAAUUGUGAAAAGUAUACUGAAUUCAUUGAAGGAUGUGUGGAAGCUAGAAAGACCAAGGAUAAUGAAGACGGAACCUUUGAUGUUUUCUGGAAGGCUUCAGUUGGUGGUAUUAUCAACACUGAAUAUACUCUCAGACUUAGAGUCGAUGGUGAUAACGGAUUUUCAUGGGUUGAAACUGAUCAUGGUCCAUUUGCCAAGAAUAGAGGUUGUUGGACAUUGGUCGAUUUGGGUAAUGGUAACGUUGAAGCCACAUAUUCUGUAAAUAUUGAAUUGAACAUUUGGGUUCCUGGAAUUUUGAGAGACUUUUUGGUUGGAACUGGUCUUCCAAGAACCAUGACUGCUUUCAAGAAGAGAAUUGAAGGAAUGAAGAAGUAA